CAGUCCCUUGCCGAACAACAUGUCUUCUUCUUCUUCUACCCGGGUCUCUCAGCUGGGCGCCGCCGGCUUGUUGGCGGCGCUUCUGGCGGCCGUCUGCCUCCUCCACGCCGGCGGGGCAGCGGCGGCGGAGCUGUGCGUGGACUACUACGACUGCACGUGCCCGGACGCGUACAAGAUCGUGCAGGGAGUGCUGAUGGAGGCGCACCAGUCGGACCCUCGCAUCUUCGCCAGCCUGAUCCGCCUCCACUUCCACGACUGCUUCGUGCAGGGCUGCGACGGCUCGCUGCUGCUGGACACCUUCGACGGGAUGGAGUCGGAGAAGGACGCGCGGCCCAACAACGGGUCGGCGCGCGGCUUCGAGGUCGUCGACGCCGCCAAGGCCGCCCUCGAGGACGCCUGCCCCGGCGUCGUCUCCUGCGCCGACAUCCUCGCCAUCGCCGCCGAGAUCUCCGUCGAGCUGUCAGGAGGACCCGGAUGGAACGUGUUGCUGGGGAGGCUGGACAGCUUCACGUCCAGCAAAGCCGACGCCGAGAACCUACCAGGCCCCUUCGACGGCCUCGACGUGCUCAGAGCCAAGUUCCGGAACGCCACGCUCGAUGACACUACCGACCUCGUCGCCCUCUCAGGUGGCCACACUUUCGGCCGCGUGCAGUGUCAGUUCGUCACGGGCCGGCUGUACAACUUCAGCGGGACGAACCAGCCCGACCCGACCCUCGACGCGACAUACCGAGCCUUCCUGUCACAGAGAUGCCCGAGGAACGGCGAUGGAACGUCCCUGAACGACCUCGACCCGACCACGCCCGACAACUUCGACAAGAACUACUUCACCAACCUCGAGGUGAACCGCGGCUUCCUUCAGUCCGACCAGGAGCUCAAGUCGGACCCCGGCGCGGCCGGGACGACGGCGCCGAUCGUCGAUCGGUUCGCAGGCAGCCAGGAGGUCUUCUUCAGUAGCUUCGUCACUUCUAUGAUCAAGAUGGGGAACAUUAGGCCCAUAACCGAUCCCUCCCAGGGAGAAGUCCGGAACCGCUGCGCGUUUGUCAAUUCAAAUUAGCGGGCAGGGGGGAGACCACCUACGUGUGGGUAUAAGCAAAUGUGGCAUGGUCACGGAUGCAAGGAUGAAUUCAUCUCUUGUCGUCUGGUGUAAUAAUUGGUUUAUGUGUCAACCAAUGUAAACAUUUCAUGCAUGCUUGUUCUCUGACGUGGUAUAAAGUGAAAAUUUUAUUCC